AUGACCUCUAAGCUAAUUGCUUCCAAUCUCCGUCACCAUCUAACAAAACCAGCCAAAAACCUCCGCCGCCAGCUUCUGUCCACGGCGGCGGAGGCGGCGGUGCCGGAACAAGAUGGGAACAGCUCCUCGGGAAUGAUGAUGAAGGGCGUACGAAUCUCCGGAAGACCCCUCUACCUGGACGUGCAGGCAACAUCUCCGGUGGACCCGCGUGUAUUGGACGCGAUGCUGCCUUUCUAUCUCUCUCGUUUCGGAAAUCCUCACUCCCGCACCCACUUCUACGGCUGGGAAUCCGACGAGGCCGUAGAACACGCGCGCGCUCAGGUCGCGUCCCUCAUCGGCGCAUCGCCCAAGGAGAUAGUCUUCACCUCUGGUGCCACCGAGUCCAACAACAUCUCCGUCAAGGGCGUCAUGCAUUUCUACAAGGACAAGAAGCGGCACGUGAUAACCACGCAGACGGAGCACAAGUGCGUGCUAGAUUCCUGCCGCCACCUCCAGCAGGAGGGUUUCGAUGUCACCUAUCUUCCGGUUGAGUCUGACGGGUUGAUUGAUUUGGAGAAGCUUAGGGCUGCGAUUAGGCCUGAUACGGGGCUUGUUUCGGUGAUGGCGGUGAACAAUGAAAUUGGAGUGGUUCAGCCGGUGGAGGAAAUUGGGAGAGUUUGCAAGGAGUUUAAUGUGCCGUUUCACACUGAUGCGGCUCAGGCGUUGGGGAAGAUUCCGAUUGAUGUGGACAAGUGGAAUGUGAGUUUGAUGUCGUUGAGUGGGCAUAAGGUUUAUGGGCCUAAGGGGGUUGGGGCUUUGUAUCUACGUCGAAGGCCAAGAAUUCGGGUUGAGCCACAGAUGAAUGGCGGUGGCCAAGAGCGGGGGAUUCGGAGUGGGACUAUUCCCACUCCUUUGGUUGUGGGGAUGGGUGCGGCGUGCGAGGUGGCGAAGAACGAGAUGGAGUAUGAUGAGAAGAGGAUUUCUGGUUUGCAGCAAAGACUGCUUAAUGGGAUUAGAGAGAAGCUUGAUGGGGUGGUGGUGAAUGGGAGCUUGGAGAGGCGCUAUGCGGGGAAUCUGAAUUUGUCAUUUGCGUAUGUUGAAGGGGAGAGUUUGCUCAUGGGGUUAAAGGAGGUGGCUGUGUCCAGUGGCAGUGCCUGCACCAGUGCUAGCUUGGAGCCUUCUUAUGUUUUGAGGGCAUUGGGAGUGGAGGAGGACAUGGCUCACACUUCUAUUAGGUUUGGAAUUGGGAGGUUCACUACCGAGUCUGAAAUUGACAGAGCAGUGGAGCUCACCGUUCAGCAAGUGGAGAAGUUGAGGGAAAUGAGUCCGCUUUAUGAAAUGGUCAAGGAAGGGAUCAACAUCAAGGAUAUUCAAUGGGCACAACACUGA